AUGGGCUGCUCGCUUUCGCUUGUCUCAAAACCCAUCCGGACAGCCUCCGACCGCUACCGCUACCAGACCGUCGUCCUUCGGAACCAGAGACAGAUCAAGUCUUUCCUGGUCGUCCUUAAAUUUCAACGGCCCAAAUCUAAGCCUCCGCCAUCCGUUACGCAUCUAUGCGCUUUCUACGGCGAAGCCCCGUUCGUGUCGCCGGCGACCUACAUCGAACAGGCAAGACGACAGUACGCCGAGACCAGCCGCGCGCUGGACGAGCUCCUGACCCUCGUGGGUCCUACGCUGGUCUCUUGCGCGCUCAUUGGGGAGGCGUGCUGGUACGUCUCCGGCCACCCGCACCGUUUCAAGACGCCCCUACCUGCCCUCCGAGCUCUCUGGACGCCCGACGUGACCCGCUGGGACACGGACCGCCCGCGCCUCCUCCCUGCCCUGGAGUCGCUUCACAUCACCAACACGCAGUAUACGCUAGACGUCUUAUCGGCGGACGUCGACGCUAGACUUUCCAGGCUCUGCGGUGCCAGUCCGAUCCGCCGCGUUGGCUUCACUUGCUGCUGCGAGAACGUCUAUGUAGAGCUAUGCUAUCAGACAUCGGCCAACCCUGUUGCCAGAGCCGAAGCCGCGCCGCCGUUUAGCUUCACCAGCCUGAGCCACGCCGAGUGUCUCGAGCGCGGCCAUCGAUCCGGACAAGCGACUCACAACGGCAGACCUUGCGAACUUCGUGCGGCCGCCUGCCCGCCAGGGAACGUCGGGAAACAGAUAGAAGGCGCGUGGAGAAAGUAUAUCGGCUGGGAUCCGUCCAGUUGGCCUGGAGGCGUCAAAGGGACAACCGCCGAGGAGCGUCUUCCGCUCCGGCCCAUCUCCAAUCGCGCUUAG